GAAGGGCGGAUGGAUUGCGAGUCACUUUGCUCACACCGACCUCCACCUCUCACACCCACCACCACACCCCACCACACCACCGCACACACCUCCGUUAACCGGGUCACUGCUCCUACUUCUCCUCCUCCUAGUAUAUAACCUCGCUCUCAUUCAUCCACUUUGGCCCCUCAUGCUCAUCCUGUCUCGCGCCUCUCACUCUCUGCGCUCCUCUGCAUUCACAAAGUACUCUCAAUUCUCCCACUCGUCCCCAUCCAAGGCCUUUAUCAACUCGAAUCUUUCCACAUCUCACAUCUCGACCCGCAAGAUGACCGCCACUUCGCACCAGCUCAGCGCUCACGUGCGCCCAAAUGGCCCCACCCCUCCCCUCACCCCCAAGUCAAAUUCCCUCCAGCUCCCCCUCGGUGGUGGCCUUGGGCGCUCUAGGCCCAACAUCAACCGCGAGCAAAGCCUUCUUCGCCUCCAGCACCAGCUCGACCAGCAGCCCACUUCCCUCAUGAAGCACUCUCUCCUCUCUCGCACUCGCCGCGAGGACCCCGAGCUCUUCUUUGCUGCCCUCCAGGCCGACCUCGUCAACCUCGCUCCUAUCGUCUACACCCCCACCGUCGGGGAGGCCUGCCAAAAGUACUCGCAGGUCUACUCGGGCCCAGAGGGUCUCUACCUUUCGAUCGAUGACAAGGACCAGCUCCCCCAGAUCCUUGCAGAGUACGCUGCUACUCUCAAGCACCAGCCCCAGAUCAUUGUCGUGACCGACGGCUCCCGUAUCCUUGGCCUCGGUGACCUUGGCCUCGGUGGCAUGGGCAUCUCGGUCGGCAAGCUCAACCUCUACGUUGCCGGCGGUGGUCUCGACCCUUCCGGUACCCUGCCCGUUGUCCUUGACAUGGGCACCAACAACGAGUCGAUCCGUGAGGACCCUCUUUACCUUGGCCUCAAGCGCCCCCGUGCAUCGUUCGACGAGGCCGUCUCGUUUAUGGACGCCUUCAUGGCUGCGGCGUCAAGCCAGUUCCCAAAGACUGUCAUUCAGCACGAGGACUUUUACUCUGAGGCCGCCUUCGAGUUCCUGGAGAGGUACCAGAACAAGUACCGCAUGUUCAACGACGACAUUCAGGGCACUGGCUCGGUCAUUCUCGGUGGGUUCGUCGCCGCCGCCAAGGCGGCCUGCGGCGUCUCCGGGAGGGAUCCCAAGGACCACAAGGUCGUCUUCCUCGGCGGUGGCUCGGCCGCCAUCGGUGUCGCAAAGGAGAUGAUGAACUACUUCCGCAUGCUCGGCCUCUCUGAGCAGGAGGCGAAGGAGCGCUUCUGGCUCAUCGACACCAAGGGCCUCAUCACCGAGACCCGCCAGGACGUCGUCGACGGGCGCCUCGCCGACCACAAGAAGUACUUCAUCCGCCGUGACACCCAGGGCCAGGAGUACAAAAGCCUGCUCGAGGUCAUUGAGUACGUCAAGCCCACCACCCUUGUCGGCCUCUCGACCACGUUUGGCGCGUUCCCCGAGCCUGUCGUCCGCCGCAUGGCCGAGCUCAACCAGGCUCCCAUCAUCUUCCCCCUUUCCAACCCUACUUCCAAGUGCGAGUUGUCAUUUGAGGACGCUCUCAACUGGACCGACGGCCGCGUCCUUUACGCCUCGGGAUCUCCUUACGACCCGGUUGUGUACGACGGCCAGCUCCGCGAGCCUGGACAGGGUAACAACUUUUUGAUUUUCCCCGGCUUGGGUUCUGGUGCGCUGCUCUCGGGCGCCACGCACAUCUCGGACGACAUGGUCACGGCCUCGGCGAUCGCGCUGUCUGAGGCCCUCACUCCUGCGGAGAAGGAGGCAUCUCUCCUGUAUCCCCGCCUGACGCGUAUCCGUGAUGUUUCGGCCGUCGUUGCCACUGGUGUCAUCCGCGCGGCACAGAAGGCCGGCCUUGACACGAACGUGCAGCUCCGCGACCUCGACGACGCAUCGCUUCUGGAGCACGUCAAGCUCGCGCAGUGGUCGCCCUACCAUCCGCAGGAGGCCGCGGCGCCGAUCAAGGGCGCCAGCCUCUAAGUUGUGGGUUUGUUACAUGUUGUGCAACAUCAAAACGGCGCCGGCCGGCGAGGACAGUGCAGCGUGGGAGCAGUAGCAUGUGUUUGGGUGUACUAGCGUAAUCGCGUGUUAGAUCUAUGUCCAGUUUGAGGUA